GUGUGAGAAAAUGUCAAGCCUUGUCUUGUACGCCAUUUGUUAAAAAUUUCUACACCAGCAAAAAUACUGCCGAGCGCAGAAAUCUGUAAAUUUUAUUGAAAAAAAUCAGCUCAGGAUUCUUUACCGCUUAAAGUGGCAAUUGUUUUACUUCUUUAGUUGUAUGGGCUUUUAAGGUUUGUAUUGCUGGACGCUCAGUUGGACCAGGGAAGAAGGUAAAAGACAAAAUGACACAAUACCUACCGCCAAACUUGUUGGCAUUGUUUGCCGCUCGCGAUCCAAUACCAUUUAUGCCCCCAGUGGAUAAAUUGCCACAUGAAAAGAAGUCUCGCGGUUACCUUGGUAUAGGUGGUUUCCUUGGUGAGUUUGAAGAUCCAAAAGACACCCCACCGGCAAAGCGAGUAGAGACUCGUCAAGAACGCUUAGAACGCCGGCGUAGGGAGAAAGCUGAGCAAGUCGCUUACAAAUUAGAGCGAGAGAUUGCAUUGUGGGAUCCGCAAGAAAUUAAAAACUCGACUGAAGAUCCCUUUCGCACUUUGUUUAUUGCUCGUAUAAAUUAUGACACUUCUGAAUCAAAGUUGAGACGUGAGUUUGAAAUUUAUGGAGCCAUCAAGAAAAUAGUUAUGAUAACAGACCAGGAAACGGGUAAGCCCAAAGGUUACGCAUUCAUCGAAUAUGAACAUGAAAGAGAUAUGCAUGCUGCUUACAAGCACGCAGAUGGUAAGAAAAUCGACGGUAAGCGUGUUUUGGUUGAUGUUGAACGUGCACGCACUGUAAAAGGAUGGCUACCACGACGCUUGGGUGGUGGCUUAGGAGGAACUCGCAGAGGUGGUAAUGAUGUCAACAUCAAGCAUUCUGGUAGGGAGGACAAUGAAAGAGAACGUGAACGUUAUCGACUCGAACGGGAGCGCGAAGAUCGCGAAAGCGCACGACUUGUAGAACGUAAUCGUUUCGGAGGUGGUGAGACUGUACGGCGACGUUCGCGUUCUCGAGAACGAGUCCGAGAGCGUGAAAGGGAACGUUCUAGACGUUCGCGAAGCAAAUCACGUGAGCGGAGGAGACGACGAGGUGGAAGUCGUGAACGGGAAUAUGACGAGUUCGAAAAACGCGAUAGACGUGAAAAAGAACGUGAACGGGAUCGUGAGCGUGAACGUGAAAGGGAUAAGAAGAAGAGGCGCUCUAAAUCCAGAGAGCGUGAUUCAUCCAGGGAGAGACGUGAUAAGAAACGAGAUCGUGAUCGUCGUGACAAGGAGCGCGAUCGCGGGGAUCGCGAUAUUAAAGAGCGCAAACCUGACUUCCGUGAUAUUGAUAUAAAAAUCAAGGAAGAACCUAUAGACGACGGUUAUCCAACUUAUCCCAUGAAUUCCUAUCAAACAGCUGGAAUAAAACGAGAGGACGACGAAGAGCAUGAAGAGAAAUUCCGGCCACCGCAAGACAUGUUCAGCGUUCCUCCUCCUCCAAUACCUGGACGUGGUGCUAAUGAAAAUGGACAGAAUCCUAAUGAUAAUCAACAAUCUUGGUGGCGUUAAGGUUAAUUUGUAUACUACAAACUGGAUAGUAUACUUUUUGUCUCACUUUCCAUAUUUUACAACUACUUUCGUUUUAGCGUUUGAACCUGUGUCAAUAGGAGAUUUUCAAAAUAUAUUAAAAGUAUCGACUGACGUUUAAUUGUCCUUCGACUUAUUCCCUUUAGUAAAACGGUAUCCUCAUCUUUAAAUUAUAUAGACAUAGUCCAAACGCUAAAGUUGUAAUAGUUUUAAUUUAUUAGAGCAAACAACAUUUGAAAUUCAACUGCGUAUUUUUAAACAAGUUUGGUCUUGAAUCCGCGUCAGACUAUAAUGCAAUGCAAACGUUGAUUUUCGGUUGGAAGUUUUGAAAACAUUCUGUUUAAUUUGAAAAAUAUACUUUUUAUUUAAUCAGAAACGUGUUUUUAACUAGGUAAAAAUUAUCUAAUGUAAUUGUAUAAUUAGAGGCAUUCUGUAAAAAGAAAGUUUAAUUUCAAAUUUAAAAGUUACUUUGUAAAUGUAAUCAGAAAUGGUCUUUGUAUUGAAUUUAAAAUUUUGUUUGACUCUCUUAACUGUAAUAAUAUAUAUAUAAUAAUAAUACCUUCGAUUAUUAUUAUUAUAUAAAUGUGGUAUAUAUAUAUAUACAUUAAUAUGUAAUUCAAACAUAUAUAACGAAAUAAUCGCAACCGUAAUGUAAGGAAGAACAACCAAAAUGCAAAGAGUAAGUAAAAAAAAUAA